AGGACCAUCCUAGUCCAGGUAAAGGAAGAGGUGCCCCAGAAUAUGAUGUUCUUGAAGGGGAGAUUGACCCAGAUACUUUAGUCCCUGUCGCCUCGCAAUCCAUGCAAAUUGCUCCGUUUGAUGUAUGGUAUUACCCUGAUUACAACUUCAUUUCAAUUCACAACAAAUUAGUUACAACGAUGAAUACUUAUACCGGUGGCCCUUUGCAGCAAGCCGUUUCUGGUACAACAACCUUGAAUCACUCAUGGUAUUCAGAAGGAAUUGGGAAACAUUUUCAAGUAUAUGGGUACGAGUAUCUAAAUGAUGAUGAUGAUGGAUACUUGACAUGGUAUGUCGGGGAGGACCCAACAGUAACAGUCGAGGCUGCAGCCUUGGGGCCUAAUGGAAACGUAGGCCGCAGAUUGAUGUCAAAGGAACCAAUGUCAAUAGUCAUGAAUUUUGGUAUUUCAAAUAACUGGGCCUAUAUUGACUGGAACUCUUUAAAUUUCCCCCUUACCAUGAGUAUUGAUCAUGUCCGAGUGUAUCAACCGGAAGAUGCUAUCAAUUUAACUUGUGAUCCCGACGAUUAUCCAACUCUUGAAUACAUCCAAGCACAUCCGAAGGCAUAUCAAAAUAAUAAUCUUACAACCUGGGAAGAAACCGAAUAUGAUUACCCCAAAAAUUCCUUGGUCCAUGGUUGCUGA